AUGACGCAGACAAAAAUCCAACGUCACCUCCAAGAACGGUCCGCUGUACUCGACCAAGAGAAAACCAUCCGCCACGACCAUGCCUUCAAGACAAACAUGUCCGCCACGGCGCAAACCGCUGCGAAGAUCGUUGCCCGCAUCCGCCAGCAAGAAUCGGAGAUCUUUUGGACAACACCUGAGGGGAGUCACAGUGAGGCUAAGCACCCCGUCGUGUUUCCUGGCAUGUCCUUUGCGAUCUCGCGCGAUCGGAUGCACAAAACUUCGCUGUGGAGACUCGUGUCCGCCAUGCCCAAAGGGUGUCUCCUGCAUGCCCAUAUGGAGGCGAUGAUUGACAUCGACUGGAUGCUCGACCAGGCGCUGCAGAUCCCCGGAUUUUGGGUGUCUAGUCCUGCGUCACUGAUGCUUGGCGCGUCAACGAACCCGCCAGCCUUCGAAUUCCACUACCGCCCAAACCGGCCGGUCGCUGAAGCAACUGCGUCCAUCUGGGAAGCCGAUUACCCUCCAAACGAGCUCAUUCCCAUCGCCGAAGUCGCUCGCACCCAUCCCAGCGGGGAGUUGGGAUUCAAAUCCUGGGCCAUCUCCCAGAUGACCAUCACUGAGGAUGAGGCCCUGUAUCACCAUCACCGCGGCAUCGUCGACAUCUGGAAGAAAUUCGCCUCUUGCUUCCGCGGCAUCGCCGGGCUCUUCUAUUCGGAACCUAUCUUCCGCCGCUGUGUCCCCCGGCUCCUGCAGCAGCUGCACUCCGACGGGAUCAAGUAUGUCGAACUUCGUCUCGUACCGCGCCCAUUCCACCGAACGGGCUCGGACACCCCUGAACCCGACACCCACUACUUCCUCGAAUGCUUCUCUCAGGAGCUGCAGCGGUACUGCUCCUCCGCGGACGGCUCCGGUUUCUGGGGCGCCCGCCUCAUCUGGACCGCGAUCCGCAGCCUACCAGACGACCUUCUCCGCGCAUCCAUGCAAGACUGCCUCUCCAGCAAGGCCGCUUACCCCGCGGUGAUUGCAGGCUUUGACUUCGUCGGCCAAGAGGAUCUAGGCCGCCCGCUGGUCGAGCUCCUCCCGCUCUGCGAAUGGUUCCAGCAAGAAUGCGCCCAACGCAACCUCCAAAUUCCGUUCUUCUUCCAUGCUGGCGAGUGCUUGGGAGAUGGCGAUGCCACCGACGCAAACCUAGUAGACGCCAUCCUGCUCAAGUCCCGCCGCAUCGGCCACGCGUUCUCGCUGUACAAGCACCCCGUGCUGAUCGAAAUGGUGAAGGACCAGAAAAUCCUGAUCGAGAUGUGUCCCAUCUCGCACGAGGUCUUACGUCUCACGGCGAAUAUCCUCACGCAUCCAAUGCCGGCGCUGCAGGCGCGCGGGGUGGCGGUCUCGUUGAACAAUGAUGAUCCCGCUAUCUUGGGCCAUGGGGGAAACGGGCUAAGCUAUGAUUUCUAUCAGGUGCUGCUUGCAUUUGAGAACACGGGACUUGGGGGCUUGGCGAAGAUGGCGGAGGAUAGUGUGCGAUGGGCGGCUUUUGAGGAUGAGGACGAGAUGGCGUGGUUGGAGGGCAUUGAGGGGAGGGUGAGUGAGGGAGUCAAAGCCGCACGGCUGAAAGAGUGGCGAACUGCAUUUGAGGAUUGGUGUCAGUGGAUCGUAAAGGAAUUCGCAGGUGAACCUGAAGAGUAGACAAGGCAUCGAUCGACGAGGUGCAAGACCGAUGGCCAUUGGUGCCUUUGACAUCAAUAUAUACUCC